AUGAAACUUAUAAAAGCGGCGCUUUGAAGUCGUUGCUAUGCCGCAAAGAUAAAAGCGUCUCAGAUGAAGAAUUUGAGAAGAUUGACAGAUCAGACCUCACGCGACAUUAGUCCUGAUCUCAAGCUGGAGGAACACUCGCGAAACUCUCUCUGUAGGAGGCGACAGGCGACGUGGUAACAGCAAUUAUUUACAUCGCAACCACAGCAUAAAGUUAUUUAUCUGGGAAUUAAUGUUAUUUUUAAUAUCAAAGUAGAAGUGAAGACCUGUAUUGUGAAUGACUGAAGUCAUGGCUAUCUGGAUCCAGCUUCAUUGGAUAAUUUGGGUGUUGGUUCCACUGUCUCUGGAUCAUCUUGCUCUUGCUGAAGAUCCGAAGCCCACCAGAUGGCCUCUUUACCCUCAGAAGCCUGUGGUUCUGGUCUGGAACGCCCCAACAGAAGACUGCAGGCCUCGGCACAACAUCCACCUCCAGCUCGAUCAGUUUCAGAUCGUGGCCUCUCCGAACCAAGACUUCACCAAGCAGAACCUCACCAUGUUCUACAAAGACCGUCUGGGUCUGUAUCCGCACUUUCAGGAUGGAGUGCCUGUUAAUGGUGGACUACCGCAGAUGGCCAGCCUCACGCACCACCGAGAGAAGAUGCCGGAGGGGAUCGCGAAGUACAUUCGCGACCCAUCUGCACGAGGCCUGGCCGUGAUCGACUGGGAGGAAUGGCGUCCGAUUUGGAUACGAAAUUGGGACGCCAAAAACAUUUACAAGAUGCAGUCACAGUCCUUAGUGGCCCAGAAAAACACAGGCUGGACUCAAAACCAGAUAAAAAAAGUAGCCCAGCAGGAGUUUGAGAUGUCCAGUCGUGCAUUCAUGCUGAAGACGUUAAUGCUGGCCAAAAGCUUGCGUCCGAACCAGCUUUGGGGCUUCUACCUCUUUCCUGACUGCUAUAACCACGACUAUCGUCGCAGUCUGGAGAACUACACGGGACGCUGCCCGGAUGUGGAGGUGGCCAGGAACGACCAGCUGAAGUGGCUGUGGACUGAAAGCACAGCUCUGUUUCCAUCCAUAUACAUGAAGUCUGUGUUGCGUUCAUCAUCCUCCGGUCGCCAGUUUGUCCGAAACCGGGUGAAGGAGGCAAUGAGAUUGGCGUCAGUGGGAGAGGGAUUGGCACGUCCUGUGUUUGUCUACAGCCGCCCUACGUAUGACGAUGAGCUGCAACUGCUGACAGAGAUGGAUUUGGUGUCCACCAUUGGAGAAAGUGUGGCUCUGGGUGCAGCUGGUAUCAUUUUCUGGGGUAAUGCUGCUUAUGCCAGCAGCAAUGCCACUUGUUCCAGUCUGAACCAGUACUUGCGGGGUCCACUGGGCCGUUACCUCCUCAACGUCUCCACAGCAGCCGAGCAGUGCAGUCGCUUCCUGUGCAGUUCCCACGGCCGCUGUCUGCGCAGACAUCCCAACACGGACACGUAUCUGCAUCUUGACUCACAGACGCACACGAUAGUAGGUGAGGGGAGUGAACUGCGCGUGAAGGGAGAUGUGAGUGAGGAAGAGCAGCGGCGGAUGAGUGGAGACUUCCAGUGCCAGUGUUUCAGUGGGUUUCAGGGCGAGAGGUGUGACCUCGAGGACCCUCUUCAGCAGCGAGGAGACGGACAUGCAUUGAAAGCAUUAUGGAUUUACCUUCUCACUCCAUUGCUGCUGCAUUUACUGACCUGAACAUACGCCGUAGACACUUGAACUUUGCUUAUGAAAUGCUUGGCUGGUCAGUGCGCUCCAAGUGCUGUUGUGAAAAGGUCCUUUCGCUUUCAUGAAGUCAUGUGGGUGAGCUUGGAAUCGAAAUUUACACAGGAAACUCAGAGUUCCUUGGAGUUUAAAUAAGCACUUUUGUUUGUUGUCACAUGUUACUCACACAACAGUUGAGCCAGAUGUAGGAUAUUGUGCAACUGGAAAAUCUAAUGAAGAUUUAUGACUAACUGAGGAGUGGAUUCAUUCAGAAGAAGUCUUGGCUUGAGUUACUAUUAAAACAGUUUAAACUGGUGCACAAUUACGUUUUAAGUGGCUGUCUUGGUUUGAGUGUAGAUUUGACUAUAAAUCUAACACUACAGUGUAGGGUGCAAACGUCAUAUGUAGUUAAGCAAAUACACAUGUUUUAGUUUGAAUAGGAUUCUGAGCCUUAAAGGAACAGUUCAGCCUAAAAUGAAAAUUGUCAUUUUUUACUCAAUAUUACAUCGUUUAUAUUUAAGUCUUUUCCUGAAUGCCUUCAGAAGACUUGGAAUAUAGUACAUGAGCUGUGUGAACCACUUUUAAUAGUUGUUAAAGAAAUAGCUCACACAAAAAAAACAAUUGGCUGAAAAUGCGCCUACUGUUAGCCCAUCCAAGAUGUAGAUGAGUUGGUUUCUUCAUCAGAGCAGAUUUGGACAAAUGUAACAUUACAUCACUUGCUCACCAGUGGAUCCUCUGAAGUGAAUGGGUGCCGUCAGAAUGAGAGUCCAAACAGCUGAUAAAAACAUCACAAUAAUCCACAAGUAAUCCACACUACUCCAGUCCAUCAGUUAACAUCUUGUGAAGCCAAAAGCUGCAUGUUUUUUUAUGGUGUUUUAACUUUGAACCAUGCUUUUUUUCAUCUAUGCAUAUUUCUCUCCUGAUUCAGGACUCGUAUUUUAGCCAAAGUUCCAAUAAAUCCAUCAAAAUUUAUUUUUAUCACAAACUAACUUGGUUAAAGGUUGUUGAUUAUUUAUACUACUUGUUAAUAAUAGUUUUUGUCAGCUGUUUGGACUCUCAUUCUGACGGCACCCAUUGAUGCAUAAGUGAUCUAAUGAUAAUUUUCUUAAAAUCUAUUCUGGUGAGGAAACUAACUCAACACAUCUUGGAUGGCCUGAGGGCGAGUACAUUUAAAGCAAUUUUUCAUUUUUGGGUGAAUUAUUCCUUUUAAAUGAGACUACUAGUGCUGGAAAUGUGGAUGCAUGUCAUGUAAUGUUGCUUAUGCUGGCUGACCUGAGUUUGAAUCUGCCUUCUGUGUCACUUCCUGAUCACAAUCCCUGUUUCCCAUCCUGUCCUGCUCUAUAAAGACAAACACCCCGUAAUAAAUAACUAAAGAAGAUACUACUAAAGAACUGAUGUUAUUUAUAUCCUGUUAUUUAAAAAGUCUUUGGUAACUUUGUACUAUAUCAUUUUUAUUACUGUUUCAUGGACUAAUUAACUGUUGCUAAAUCGGUGUAUAUUUUUGCUUCAUUCAGCAUCUCUGUCAGUGUGGUAACAGUGAUAGUUAUGUUAUGAGAUCAAUGAGACAGCGCUUAUAUUCAUAUUUGAAAAGGCACUGGACUGUGAGAGAAGCAUAUACAUUAUAUCUUUAAAUUGCCAAUUAAUUAUGACUUUUGUAGAUUUUUAAAAAUUGUGAUGCAUAGAGAAACCAUUUUAUAUUGCAUUUGAUAAAAAAAA